UUUUUGGACUUCAGCAAAACUUCAUCGUAUCCUGCGGCGGUGGUGUGGCGGCGGCUUCGAGCUGAUUCACAAGUUUCGGGACGUAAUGGCCUCCAGAAAGCAAUAAAACAGGAGGCGGGAGGAUGUCUGUGGAGGUGGACGUACUGCUGCAGGAGGCCAAAGAAAGCAUCGAGGCGGCUCAGAACUACCGCAGCGAACUCCAGCAGCGCCUGCAUGGCCUCAACCAGGCUCGCAAACAGGUUCGGGGAAGCUCGGGUCAGGCCCGUGAGGCCCUCCGGAGGCACUUUACAGAGCUGCAGGCAGCAGCGGCUCGGCUGCUGACGGAGCGACUGGCCACCCUGCUGGCUGAGGUGGACACCAUCGAGGCCGACAGCGUCCGACCGCUGGAUGACUGUCAGAGCCUCAUCGAGCACGGGGUGGGCCAGGCUGACGAGCUGCUGAGAGAAGGGGAAGCAGCUCUGCGCUGUGGUCUUGGGGAGAAAGAGGACAAACUGGGCAGUUUCACCAAGAAGGCCAUGCAUAUCCAGCUGGACAGUCUACCAGAGGUACCAGCGUUGGUGGAUGUGCCGUGUGUUUCAGCCCAGCUGGACGACUCCCUGCUGGGGCUGCUGAGGGACAGGGUCUCCCGCCACGGCUCCGUCUCCUCCCACCCACCCGUCCUGAUAGAGGAGCUGCAGGAGAGACCGGGUGCCAUCCUGGUCCGCUGGUGUAAGGUGGAUGAGGACUUUGCAGCAGCGGAAUAUCGGGUGCAGCACCGGCGGUCUGGCAGCGGAGGGAGCCAGUACGAGGAUUCCUACGUUGGACGGGACUGUGAGUUUCUGGUUCUCCACCUGGACCCUCACACGGAGUAUCUGUUCAGGGUCUGUGCCCGCGGAGAGGGUCGCACCGAGUGGAGCCCCUGGAGCAUCCCACAGAUGGGAUACACCACACUGGCAGCACAUGAGUGGUGUCCGGGCACUGAGGGCUACAUCCUGAGCAGCAGGAGAAACAUCGCCCUGCGCAACGAGUCCUCCCAGUCACCCUGUCCUGUCCUCUACUCCAACGCACCCACAUACUUCUGUGGCCAGACACUGACCUUCAAGAUCACUGCAGGGGGUCAGAUGGAUCGGAGGGACAGUCUGGGCGUGUGCGUGAACAACGAGAAGGGGGCGGAGUCGCUGCAGAGAGACCAGGCCGUCUGCAUUUCCACUAAUGGUGCUGUAUUCGUAAACGGUAAAGAGAUGACCAACCAGCUGCCCGCCAUCACUGUGGGUUCCGCCGUGACCUUUGACAUGGAAUUGGUGAACGUGUUUCCCAUCAGCAACAAUAACCUGAGCGAGGGGGGCAACUUCAAGCUGAGGGUGACCAUCGGCUCGGGGAACCGGGAGGUGGUGUUCGACUGGCUGGUGGACCAGGCGGUGGACCGGGCGGUGGACUGCCUCUUCUUCGGCUGCUCUUUCGUCCACUCCGGCUGGAAAGUGCUUGUGUUUUAAAGCGGGAGCGGAUCCUUCAGUCUGCGGAGGAGCUCCUCACACGGGCUCUGUUACCUUCAGCUUAAUCAUUUUCCCUCUGUCCUUUUUCCUUUUACAUCCGAAGCACUUACAGGACGGCGAGAGUCAGCGUGGAAAAUCAGGAGAAUCAGUUCAACUUCCCCCGAUCAGGACGACAGAGCAGCAGCUCAGUUUGGUCUGAACACUCAGUUAUCGUCUGUUUCCUGUGCAUGUGUGUGGGACAGCUUCUGUCUUUGGAGGGAAGGGACGCGACCGAUCCUGGUUUUUCCAGACUCUUUGCCUGUCGGUGUCGGUCCUCCACACUCUGCUGCUUCUCCUCUGUACGUGUGAACCAGCGGGUCGAUGAUCCAGCUCCUCUUCAGUGCUGGAGGACUGAUGUUUGUGUUCAUCACAUCGUCCUGGCUUUUAGUUUCUGUUUCUUAUGAGGUUGGUCAUUGUUUACAGCUUUUGUUUUUCUGGCGUCUCCCUCACAGAGGGGAAGAGUUGUUUUUAGUUUUGUUGUUUUUUUCUAUGCAUCGUCUUCAUGUAGACAAACUAACAGUGUGACACCUUUGUAAACAAACACACAAGAUGGUAAACGUUGGGUUUUUGUCUGUAGCUUGUUUUUCGGGAGGAGAAUCUUUACAGGGUUUAAACUUCUAAACCUGCUGGUGUUUUUUUUUUAAUUAGUUUAUUUUAACAAAAAAAACUUGACUGUGAAAUCACCCCUGCUCCUGUGUUUUAGACGUUUAAAGGGACAGUUCACCAAAAACACAAACCUGAGCGUCACCUGAGUGUCUGAAGUUUGGAGAAAUGGGCAGAAUCUCACCACAGUACAGGAGAAGCUCAGUGAAACGUUCGGGAGCAGUUUGGGGAACGACGCCACCAGCUACAGAUAAACGUGAAACAUCACAAGGACAGUUAAAAGAUAUAAAACGACGACUGCGUUUGUCUCGUUUGUCACACAAACACAAGGAAUGUCCAGGUUUCAAAAAGCCUCGAAAAGCUUUGAAUUCAGUUUCUGCAAUAAAAAGCCUCAAGUAUUAAAGUCUGAACUUUUCAUUCAGUAUUUUUUUUCUUGUUGUAUGUGAACAAAAAAAGCAGCAAAUCUUUACAAAUGUUUCUAUUGAUGCUUUCACCCGUCCAGAUACUGCUGCUCGUCCAGAUCUGGGUUUCAUUCAUUUCAUUAUUUACUUACGGCCUAAAAAGAAACUCUGCAAACGUCUCUUUCCUGCUUUAUUUGUUUACGGCUUCAUUCUCCAGCUUCCUCACAGACACAAAGCGGCGUGACUCACCUGAGCUCUGAGCCAAUCAGAAGCCUGGGAAAGGUUUGGAAAGCAGAGGCUGAAUAAAGUGUGAAUGUCUGAGGGUUUCUCACCUGUCCUCUGCUGAGACGUCUCUUUGUCUCCUGCUGAUGAAGCGAAAAAGGACAUCUGAAGGACCCCCACACACACAGGCUCUCAGUGACGUUCCCCUGAGACGUGUCCUUGGUUUUCUGCUGAUCUGAGGUCAGUGCUCUGUCUGGGAUGGGUCCAGCUGAUGGUCCCUGACGCCACUGAACAGAACCUCACAGCGACUUCCUCUGGUCUGAAGGAGGGAAACAGCUGGUUGUUUCAAAACAGUGACACCUGCUGGUCAAAGCUUUGCAUUGCACGUGCUUUCACUGACGUCAUCUUUGGUAUUUUGUUCAAUAAAGAUCAUUUUCUGUAAACUGA